AUGGAUGAAAAGGAUGAGGAACCUCAAGACACUAUUAAAAUAUGUAAAACAAAGCUCUCUGUUGAGGAAGUGUCACAGUUGGUGGUUUCUCCAAGCUGUGGUGCAGUGUCCAUAUUUGUAGGGACUACAAGAAACAGUUUUGAAGAAAAGAAAGUCAUACACCUAGAGUACGAAGCAUAUGUGCCCAUGGCCGAAAUGGAAAUUAAGAAGAUCCUAAUGGAUAUCAGACAGAAAUGGCCAUCUGUCAAGAAUAUGGCUGUGUAUCAUAGACUUGGCUCGGUCCCAAUAACUGAAGCCAGCAUUAUUAUUGCGAUUUCCUCACCACACAGGGAAGAUUCCCUGGAUGCUGUGAAGUACUGCAUAAACACAAUAAAAGCCACUGUGCCUAUAUGGAAGAAGGAAGUAUAUGAAGAUGAAGACUCUGCCUGGAAAGAAAAUAAGGAGUGUUUUUGGAGAAGUUAAGACCUACAUGAGAGCUUGUUUUUUGCGCUACCAACUUUUCUUUGUAAUGACAUCAGUCAUUUCACCACAGAAUGUACGUGGGACAAAAUUGAAUGAAUUUUGUAAUUUGGCGGCUUCCGUUUCUACGCAGUGCACUUUUCGGUAAAAAUUACACUUUGUUCUGGAGGUCGAUACGAUUAAAAUGAUAUUCAACUUC